AAAUAUUUGAGAUUAUGAAAGCGAGGCUGACUAAUUAUAAUAAGUCUGUGUGGAAAGGAAAAGAUAGUGAAGCAGUAGGAUACUACGGACUCAGCAGCAAGAAGAAAUCCUCAUUGAAGAAGGAAACUACAAAAUCUGAGAAAUCAACAAAAGCUCCUGCUAAAACGAAACGGAAGAAGACUCAAAUGGAAGCAGAGAGAAUUCAGGCAAAUCCAAAAAUCAUGAAUCAAGUUAUGGAGAUGUUACUCAAGACAGACUCCAAGGAGAAAAACCAGAAGAAAACUCAGGAGGAGGAAGUAAAAGCCGAGCAAACAAAGCAGCAGGAAGUAGAAAGAAAAGAAAUUGAUCUGUGCACUCAGCCAGAAGGGUAUGAAGACUUGAUCCUUGAGCGCAAGGUCACCAAUCUGAACAUUCUUAAUGAAAAACAAGAGCUCCGAAGGAUCAAGACUGAGUACGAUGAAGAGAAGAUCUCCAUUCAAAGAGAAGCUUCGAGCAAAAUUGAUGAAUUAGAGCGCCAGAAAGGAGUAUCCUUCCAGUCUAAAGUCAUGAAGAAGUUCCAGUUAGAAGAUAAAGAAGGAGAUUUUGGGUUUAAUGAUAAAACUAUCCCUUCUACAUAUACUCUAUCGAGAUGGGAAAAAAAGAAUAUUGUGGAGAAUACUAUAAAAUCGUUAGAACCAGAAGCCCCAACUGACUUUUAUGAUCUUAAGUUUGACUCACAAGGGGUAUACUCUUGGUCAUGCCAGGCUAACCUACAGAGUGAGCUGGAGAAGGUCAAAUCAGAUCUAGGUGAUAGAGACUAUAACAGACUCAGAGAGUUGUUUGAGUACUAUGCUGCAGUGAUAAAUCCAUUGCAGAUGGGUAAAAUUGAAAGUUACCAGUUCCAUCUUUUCUUAAAAGAUCAUGAUUUAUACACAGAACAGAUGGAUAGAACCCAAGCGACUCUGAAACUGAAGAAGGCUGCAUCCAAUAGUGCUCCAAGUGACUCUAACGGUGCUAGUAAUUCAAAAUCAGCAAAUUUUGAGGGAUUCUGUCAAAUUCUUUAUGACCUGGCUCUUGCCAAAUAUCCUUGGGAGAAGAAUAAAUCACUUGCUUUCAGGCAAUAUGUGAAGCACAGUGUAUUCUCAAAGAAAUUCACUGAGAAAGAGAAGAAGUUUGAAAAGGUACUAGAUGAGCUCUACUCCCCUGGAGUGCAAGAUUACCUUGCUGAUAAGAAGAAGAUGGUCUACUAUGUCGAACUCUUUGAAAACAAUUGCAAGGAAAUUCAUGCUGAUGGCAAAACAGUUAAGGUUAUUGAUAUAAUCCAGGCGAAUAAACUGUCGAUCGAUCUAGGAAUCAUCCCAGAUGUUAUCUCUAAGCUGAACUUUGUGAAGUUGUUUAAGUUCUGCCAACCCUCUGAAAACUCACUGUCAAGUAGAGCAAAGUACAGAGAGUAUUUACUCGAGGAGGAAUUCAAGCAUCUAAUUGCAGCCAUUGGUAUCUUUGUGUUCAACCAGGACGCUGAAUUGAAGAACAAAUAUCAUGAAAGCAAGAAGCAUUCCUCCUCAAAAUUGAAGUCGGAGCAGAAAGCAGCAGCUGUGAUGAAGCAAUAUACGAAGGAAAGAUAAUGAAUUCAAUGUUUUGGUUUACAA